AAGUCUUAUGGAGCAAUUAGGGAAAGAUCCAAACGAAUUGCAGUACCUCGGCAAAAGUCCUAUUCAUAAAAAGGUUGUCGAACUGCGACUGGCGAAGCCUUCGCCCAGUAAAAUAUCCUCAGGGUCCGAAAUCGACAACGGGUCUGUGUGCUCUGAUACAAGUUUCGGGUCUGAGGUCUGGUCAUAUCAGAGACAUCCGAAUGUGUAUGUCCGACGAAAGAGAAGUUUUACUUCCAUGGACUCGACGGAAGAUAACGGAAAACAAGGAUUGACGAAAUGCAACUCAGUCAAGACGUGUAAAAGUGAAAUAGAAGAAGACGUCGAAGACGAAGAUGAUGACGUUUUUGGAGGGGUAUAUUGUGGACCAUCAGACAAUCGAAAUUCUAUCAAACUCAAAACUAUUCGUUUAGAAAAUGGACGAGCCAAGUCCAUAACGGAAGUCGUUCCAUUAGUGCACGACUUUUCCAAUAAGACAUAUAAGACGACGGAUAACGAGGCUCGCUUACCAAUUACUGGUAACAUAACGAUCGGUUCUGAGAAUGGCACAGAACGUGGUCGGAAGACAGCGUUGCUGUCAUAAAAUUCAGGAAAAGCAUCGACAACUUGACCAGUAAUGAUUGUGAUCCAAGACCCGCUGGGCUAUUAGGAAACAGGCGAAAGAUUCGGCACAUCUCCUUUCUUUUCCCUGACAACAACGUUGAUGUGGUGCAACGGUCUCAUAGCGCUAUUGAACCCAUGAGUGUGGACCCAUCUAUCUCUUUUUUGUCCUCUGAAAAUAGAGGCGCACCAUUCGCAUCAAAAGAGGCGAACAUUUCAUGCGACAUAAUCGAACACAUAUAGAUUUAAAAGAUACAAUUAUCAACAUAUUUAUAUUAAUUCAAAAGUGUAUGUUUAUGUUUUUAAUAUGAGAAACAUCUACAUGGGUGCUUAUUGUUGUAACUUAA